AUGAAAGAGAUAAGACGCGCGUUAAACAAUAAGAAGGAGAAUGAUAGGAUGUCUUUAUCUGAUCAAGAGAUAUUUUUGGGUGGUUUUCAUCAAUAUAAUUUAUCUAAACAUCAGAAAUGUUUAGAACGAAGUCCAUCUAUUAAGACGGAAAAAACACAUAUUCUUGGGACAUUUUCAUUGCUGGUAGAUGCAGAAUGUCUAGAUGCACCAUAUAGUGGUUUAAAUGAGAAAAAAGACUUAGAUUUGAAUGUAAUAUCACAAAAACAGUUUGUGCAACAAACAUUAUCUAAUAAUGUAAAAAAUGGCGUCAAAGAUUCUGAAAAAGAUGAAAAAGUAGAAGACUGUUUGGUUCACGAUAUAGAAAAAGUUCUUUUAUUUGAGAAAGAUUUGAAAAAGACAACGAAGGAAAAUACUUUUGAAAAUACAUUAAUUGGAUUUAAGUUGCCGGAGCUGAAAUUAGUACAAACUCUUGAUUUUCACAAAUUUCUUGGUCAGUUAAGAUAUAAAUCUGCUAUUCCUAUAACAAAGUAUAUGAAAAGUUUUAUCUAUGAGUUUUUACAAAGACAUUGGACAAUUAGAGAAAAAGUGAAGAUUAUUCGUGAUUUUUUAGACUUUAUAUAUCAAAAGAUGUUGCUUGUUGAGCCUUGGAUAAAUACAUCGGAAGCUGAAUUUGAUAAUGCAAAGGAUGGAAUGGAAAAGUUGAUUAUGACUAGACUAUAUGAUCAUACAUUUUCUCCUGCUAUAACAUAUUUACUUGAUGACGAUAUCAGUGGACAUAGCGAUGAUUUAGAAAGAGACAGAAUUUUACGAGAGAAGAUUAGUAUGUUUGCAUGGAUUAAAGAAGAGCAUAUGGAAAUUCCACAUAGUGAUUUAAAUCAAAAAUUUUUGUACCUAGCUGGGCAAGAGCUUAUGAAAGUUAAUGCCUAUCAUUCGCCAAGAGACAAAGUUAUAUGUAUCCUGAAUUGUUCUAAGGUUAUUUUUGGUUUAUUGAAACAUGCGGGAAUCGAAGAAUCUGCAGAUAAAUUUAUUCCUAUUUUAAUUUUUGUAAUACUUAAGACUAAUCCAGGAAAUAUAAUAUCAAAUAUUCAGUAUAUAUCUCGAUUUAGGAAUCCUGAAAAACUUUCUGGGGAAUCAGGAUAUUAUUUUUCUAGCUUGAUAGGUGCUAUUGCUUUUAUUGAAAAUUUAGAUAAAUCGUCAUUAACGAUUUCCGAUGAAGAAUUUGAGAAGAAUUUAGAAAAUGCUAUCAUUGAAGUGAAUGAACAGAAAAAUAAAGAAGCAGUCGAAAAAAGUAAAGAUAAUCAUUCAAUAUCUUCUUCUAUAUUGAAACCAACAAAAGAAUAUAUUGUGUCUAAAUCAUCUAAUGCAUUUCGUAAUAUUCAAAAACCUUUUUCUUCUCUAGGAAAAAUAUUUAUAGAUCAAAAUACAGAACAAUCAUAUCAGUCUAAUUUUUCUAAACAAUUUUUUUUUAAUCAGUCGUCCCGAAAUAUGGCGUCUGAGACUGUUUUGAACAAAAAUAAGUUGAUAUAUCCGAAAAUAAAUGCUCAGUAUCCAGGAUCUAAGUUUGUCGCAACAAAAGAUGUACAAGUUCAAGUAAAAUUGGAAACUCUUAAUACCCUUAAUCAAAUGUUCCCAGCAGUUGAUCUUGAUGUUAUUAAAAUGGUAGUUGAUUUUGAAAAUGGUAAACUUGAUUCUGCAAUUGAUGUUUUGUUAUCGAUAUCGUCUGGUACUUAG